AUGGCCUCAUACACCGAACUACUUCAAAUCUGCACUGACUUUCAGACAAACUUUUCAGCUCUGAAUGGCAAACACAAUGCGGUGACGCAGGAAUUGCGCGACGAGCAGGAGCGGUGCAAAAACCUGAAGGCGAAGCUUGAUACUAGUACCAAGGAAAUAGAAAAACUUCAUGAGCAAAUCCAUGAGCUAAAAGGAGAGCUGGUGGUAGCGUCAGGGUACAAGGAUCGAUACAUGGCUGCCACGGUAUCACUUGAGCACAUGAAGGGCCGUUUAGAAAAUGCUCGUCGUUCGAUCUCCGAGAUGCUGCUCGAGCAUGACCAAGAAGUUGAACAGCUAAAGACGCAGAUAAACGAUCUCCUCCAGCGCAUUGACGUCGUCGCCGAUGGCAAACGAGUACGCGAGCUCACAAAGCAGGUAACGGAGCUGGAGGAAAAGUGUGCUCUACAAGGCGCACAACUUCUAGAAGAGAAAGAGCAGUUUGGGCAGCAGCUCCUGACCGCCCACCAGGCUCUCCAGGAGCAGCAAUCUCGGAAUGUCGGGCUUGAGCAACGGUAUCACGCCAUGGAUGACGAGAUCAACGAGCUGCGUGGGGCCGUGCGGCGUGCGUUGGAACUUCAGAACGAGGCGGUGGUGCUCAAGGAACGGCAUGCCUCCGAGGCCGCGUUAGCGCAGCAAGAGGCCCACCGCCUGAAUCAAGAAGUCGAGUCCCUCCAACGACGGCUAGAGGAGAAAACCCGGCAACACGAGGAGGAGAUCCAGCUCACCACACGAAACGCCGCGAAGGAUCGAAAUCGACUCAACGCCCGAAUCGAGAUGCUUUCCGAGGCCUUGAAUGAGAUGCGGGCGACGGUGACGGAGGAGCACGACCGGUAUAACGACCUGCAGUGCUCCGUCCAGCAGCAGUUGAAUCACGCCCGCGACGAGGCCGCGGCGGAGGUGGUGGCCCUCCAGGCCGGUCUUCAGCUCGCCCGCGAGGACGCCCAACGCGCGCACGCGCAGGUUCAAUCCCUUGAAGCGGAGCUGGCCAAAAGCCGUAGCGCGGCGCAACAGCAGCAAAUGAACUACGACGCCUUGGUCGACGUGAAUCAGCAACUUGAGGCGAAACUCGCGGAGGCGGCUCAGCAGGAGGCAUGGUUGAUUACCGAAAAGACGUACGCCGUGGAGCAGCUCGACGCGGCGAAACUGCAGCUCGAACACCUCACCUCGGCGGUGGAGAAGUACCACGAGAUGAGCUUCGAGGCCGAUAAGAUGCGGCUUCGCAUCGAAGUGCAGGAGGAGGAGCUCGCCGAGUACCACAAGGCCUCCCAGAAGGUCCAAGGCAAGCUGGUGGACGUCAAAGAGGCUGCUGAGGAACGGAUAUCUCGUCUUACCCGUGAGGUCAAGGCGUACAAAAAGCAAUUAGCGAAGGAGAGGGCGACGAGUGACUCCCUCCGGCGUAAAUUGAUUCGCGCCGUGGCGGAGGGUGAAGGCGCGCUGCGGAACUGCGGGUACGCCGCACGCCCUCGGUGUAGCAACGUCGGGGAGGCAAUGCAGCCUCAUUCCCAGCCGCCGUGUGAUGUUAUUGAAUUACUAAAAAGCCAAAAUGAACAAGCCGAACUCCUCCAUAACCGCCUCGUGGAGCUUUCCAGAUGA